AUGUCGAUCAAAAUUGUGAUAAAUUUGGGAUUACUUUUUGUACUACAUAUAUAUCGAAAUACUGUGUUCCCAAGCUCUAUGGUACCUUCGGCAGCUUUUGAGCAGGGAUCUAAUAAGCAUGGUCCUUUUUACAACGGAGAUAGUGAUGAUCCAAGCCGCUACACUUAUAUGGGACUUUUGACACUUCCGACAUCUGAUGACGAUGUUUAUUUUAAUGCAACUAGAUUGCUGGUCUAUCGGCUAAAGCACCACCCUGAAACGAAAAGCCAAUAUCCUGUACACAUCCUUGUUAUGAAGGGGGUGGAUGAAUGGAAAAUUGAUCGCUUGGGUAAAGAUGGAGCGAAUAUCAUCAUGGUGGAUCGAGUGCGAACAGAGGACUUAGUAGGGGAAGGAGAGUCAAUUGUUCCCGGAAGCAAUCGCUAUGAAUAUAUGUUUACAAAACUGAGCGUUUUCGAGCAAACUCAGUUCGACAAGGUUUGCAUUUUAGACAGUGAUUUACUUAUUCGCAAAAACAUUGACGAUGUAUUCAAGACACCAUACACAUACACAUCUCCUGCAGCCCCCGAUAUGGAUCGGUUUCCUAUGUUUCAGAAGCCCGGUUCGGAUGAUGAUUUCCAGUUUGUGGACGAGUUUGAAGUAUACGGUGCCUCGAAACAAGAGUUUUAUCCUUACUUACUUGCUGCAGCUGACGAUCGUAACCCUGGUCAUCCUACUCCUCCAGAGCCUUCCGAAACCUUCAAUGCAGGUUUAAUGCUCGUUCAUCCCAGCAAGCUUCAUCUUCAUCGUAUAAAGAUGAUAGCUCGUUUUCCUUACAUGUAUGAAAAUGCUAGGAUGAUGGAACAGAGCCUUUUGAAUCUAGCGUAUAAUACUUAUGGAUGGUUUCCUUGGACAAGGAUUGAUUUCUCUUAUAAUGGCGUUUGGAUUACAGACGAAGAUCUACCUUAUAUUCGUGCAGCUCAUGGAAAGUUUUGGGAGUAUGACAAUCAGGACUUUCCGUCUGUAUUAGCUGCAGAAUGGAGUCAAGCGUUUGGUGAAAUGACUGCGUUUUACAAUUAUGAGGGUGGUAAUUAA